AUGGCGGACCCGGCCCGGGACGCGCUCGGUGCCGCCGCUGUCCCGGAGCCGCCGCCCGCAGGCUCAUCCCCACCCGUCACCGGCGAUGGGGCGGCGGCCGCGGGGGAAGCGGCAGCCGCAGAGGGAGCGGGAGAAGGCGAGGUGGGGGAGACUGGCGGUGGCGGCGAGCUGAAGGCGGAGGUGGCGGACGGGGAGGUGAGGAGCGCGGAGGGAGAGGCGGCGGACGCGGAGGACCCGGCGCUGCAGGCAUGUGCGGCCAGGAAAAUGAAGCUGGAGCUGAAGGAGCGUAAGGAGAAGAAGCAGAAAGUGGACGAGGACGAGAUCCAGAAGAUGCAGAUCCUGGUCUCCUCCUUUUCCGAGGAGCAGCUGAACCGGUACGAGAUGUAUCGUCGCUCUGCCUUCCCCAAGGCCGCCAUCAAACGGCUCAUCCAGUCCAUCACCGGCACCUCGGUGUCCCAGAACGUCGUCAUCGCCAUGUCGGGCAUCUCCAAGGUGUUUGUUGGGGAGGUGGUGGAGGAAGCCCUGGAUGUGUGUGAGAAGUGGGGGGAGCUGCCCCCCCUGCAGCCCAAGCACAUGAGGGAGGCCGUCCGGAGGCUCAAGGCACGCGGGCAAAUCCCCAACUCCAAGUACAAGAAGAUCAUCUUCCACUGAUAGAGGCUGAAAGGAGCUUCCUGUGGGACCUUCCCAGGUGGACUCUGCCAUAAGGCCCCUUUGGGGUGGCUUGUGGGACCUCAAAGAUGUUCCUGCGCUCCCUGCCCACGCUGGGCUCAGGACCCCACACUGGGCAGAGCCUGGAUGCACCCUUGACCUGGACUUGGAGUCUCAGCACAGCAGGGAGAGGAAGAUCCAGGGACUGCAGAGCAUUUCCUGCUGGUUCAGAUGUGCCAUCUCCACCCAGAUGUGUGGGGUUUUUGUACAUUAAACUUAUUCUCAUGUUAGUAACCUGACUGGGAUCUGCUUGUUGUGUGGCCCAAGGUGCUCCCAGAGCUGCUCCCAGCCUGGGGCUGGGCUGGUUCCCUGGGAACGUAUGCUGGGACAUCUGAAGUCAUGGCUCAGCUCUGCUUCCAAACCCAGGAGCUGCCCAUGAAACAGCAGUGUUGGGAAGGGAGGGGGAAGGAAAACCAGGAAAAGAGGCCCGAGCCUGGAAGGAGGUUAAUAAGUUUAAUUCUGCUCGUGGUUCAUAGAACCAACCAUCAGUGGAAA